CCCCCUUCUCUGAAGACGAGAUUAUGCCUGAAUAGUUGGUACCCUAAACAUAAAUAUUAGCUAGCUAGUCUACUUUAGGAAAUUAACUAUGACUCUUAAAGAUGAUCUACUCAACCCUAUACAGAGUGUAUUUCCGUUAGUUUGUAUAGUUUUAAUAUUAUCCACAAGUUGUAGUGACUUUCCGUUUUGUCAAGCUAGUGAAGUCGGUCCUGAAAAAUGUCUUCUUUGGGGUCCAGGGCUCGACCCCAAAGUCGUUUUGCCCGUCCGAUACUUCAUCAUCCAGGCUGUCAACUCAGCUGGGGAAAACUUCACCCUCUCUCCAGGUAAGUGUUGUUGAUAAACUGCACAAUUACCUGAAGUCAAUUAGCGCGUUUGAGUGGUAAAGCGAAAGCAACAGACUGUAGACGAAAGUUGAGUGACGUCGGGGGAAGUGCAUCUGCGACAGCCGAAAGUCGGACACUAAUGUGGUUUUACAACAGCAAGGCUCAGAUCAAUAUGACAGCUUUGACAUUGUUUAUAAAGCUUUUCUUUAUAAUGUCGAAAAAACAUUUAUCCAACACCCAUAUCACACACUCGCAAACUGAAAUCACAUGUGCAUUAUACAAUCAAUUAGUGAGGGAUAGACUCAAUCACAUAUAUUUAUUCACUGUAGGCUACACAUGAAUUGCAUCAAAUUGGUUCCUGUUUCAGUCACGUCUUUGGUCAAAUAAAAACACCCUCAUGAUUGCUUGACAAUAGCGCCUGUCACAAUGCAGGUGAUGGCUGCAGGAGGAAGUUGGCGAAGAGCAACUGCAGAAACUUGCAGUCAAAACUUCAUGACCUUUGAUUUCAUGAUUUUUGUAAAGUUCAAGCAGUUGAAAUGUAGACGCAAGUCAAACAAUUUUAUCCCAGAAUGCAACACACUUUGAAAGACUUGACAAAAGUGAUCAGCUCGAAUGCACCCAAUAAUUUCAUGAAUUUCAUAUCUGCUGGAAGUCCAUCCCUUAUCAAAGUUGUCUUUGGGGAAACUUUUUAGCAACCCAUCCAUUUCAAGGCAUUUCACCCCUAUAUAAAUUGAGAUCUCAUAUACAAUGGGAAUUUGUAAUCUACUAAAUACAGGUUUUUGUUGCUCUAGCCAAUGUUUUAUUGAUGCACAAAAUCAAACUCUUAAACAAUGUCCAUGAUUGGGGACAAUUUUAUUCCCCUAGUUAGCUUAGUCUUUGCAGACUGAAAACUACCCCAUCUCUAAUUGUGCCUAUGGCUACAUUGUUGUUCCCAUUAUAGAGGUGAUCCAUCUAUCUAAUUGUAUUUCUCUUUACAUGUAGGUAAAGACUCGUUCAGAGUGAAAAUUACCUCACUCUCACAGAAGGAGCAUGUCCGCAUCCAUGUCCCCCUCCCCCUGGACAGAGGAGAUGGUUCUUUUCUGAUGAGGUACCGUCUGUAUGGCAGUAUCCUCAAGGGACUGAAGGUCGAAGUACUCUACAGAGACAGUCACGUUGCCAAGUCACCUUACACCCUACAAGGUAUCUAUAUCAGUCAAUGGCUAACUUUCACCGAUUAUUUCAAUGAAAGCAGAUUAGUGUGAUAAUUUGACAGAAAAUACCAGUGAACUCCUCAUCAAAGUAUGCCUGUGUUUUUAUUGUAGCCCCGUACAAAAACACCUGAUUCAACUUGUCAAGGGCUUAAUGAUUAGUUGACAAGUAGAAUCAGUUGUGCUUGUAUGAGGCCACAACAAAAAUAUGUACUGUUGGGGGUACUCGAGGAGCUGGGAAACACUUGGCUAGAUGGCAGUAUGUUGUACAUUUGAUCUAUUCUCACUGCUUCCACAUGAUGCAUCCCUUUGGUUGUAUAUACUCAGGCCCAGUCUAUCAUGAGUACUGUGACUGCCCAGAGCAUGAUGUUCCUACCUGGCAGAGCAUAAUGCAGUGUCCUGCUGAGGAACCCCAGAUCCAGAGGGACUUCAGUGCCUUCCCCUCCAUUGACCUGCAGCGCCUCCUACAGGAAGUUCCCCGCCGCUUCUCCAACAGAGGAGGUCUCAUUCACUACGCUGUCCUCAACAACCAGGUGUACCGUCGCUCGCUGGGAAAAUAUACUGACUUCAAGAUGUUCUCUGAUGAGAUGUUACUAUCACUAGCCAGGAAGGUAAAUCGUCGCUUUGUGGGGGGGGGGGGGGGCAGGUCUCUGUCCUUUCAUCAAGAAGUAUGAUCAUGUUCCUUUCUGAACUGUUUUGUUAUACUUUGUCCCUUGCCUGAAACUCUCAUAAUACCGUAUUUUCAAUAUAAUUGUAAUUGUUUAGUUCAUUGUUCAGCAUAAACUGAGUACCCCUGUCUUUGUCUCUGAAUUUGAAUUGAAAGGUGAGGCUGCCUGAUGUGGAAUUUUACAUCAAUGUGGGAGACUGGCCAAUGGAAACGAGGAAAGCAGAUGACGAUCCUGGGCCUGUUCCAAUCAUCUCCUGGUGCGGUUCCACAGACACCCGAGACAUCAUCCUGCCCACCUACGACAUCACUCACUCCACCCUGGAGACCAUGAGGGGCGUUUCCAAUGACCUGCUGUCAGUCCAAGGCAACACAGGUAAGACGUAUAACCUCAUACACUAUCCCUUAACCUCAUUCUGCUUACUUACACCUCAUUACUUGCAAUAACCUUACUCUGUUUCCUUGGCGUCUAGGUCCCCCUUGGGCCAACAAAACAGAACAGGCCUUCUUCCGUGGCCGGGACAGUCGUGAAGAGCGCCUACACCUGGUCACUCUGUCCAAGAAAUACCCAGAGCUGCUAGACGCCGGAAUCACUGGCUGGUUCUUUUUCAGGGAAAGGGAGAAGGAUCUGGGCAAAGCAAAUCUUGUUGGAUUCUUUGACUUCUUCAAGGUGAGGGAACAUUCUGAACACUCCAGUCACCCAAAGCCAGCAGUUUUCAAUUUAAAUACAGAUUUUACAUGUGUGAGUACUGAGUAGUGAGAAGAUAAAUAAAUGUUAGCCAUUGUUGAAGUUUUUGUAAAAUUCAGAACUGUGACACCUUCAGUUCCCUCUCCCAUUUACAGUAUAAGUAUCAGGUGAACGUGGAUGGCACAGUGGCAGCUUACAGGUUCCCUUACCUGAUGCUGGGGAACAGUCUGGUGCUGAAGCAGAACUCACCAUAUUAUGAGCAUUUCUACACCCAUCUGAAGCCAGGCACCCACUACAUCCCUGUGAAGAGGAGUCUCUCCGACCUCCUCCAAAUGAUUGAGUGGGCUAAGGUAAGAUGGGAGAGUCAAAUACAAUUUUAUUUGUCACAUAAACAGGUGUAAACUAACAGUAAAAUGCAUACUUAUGGGCCCUUCCCAACAAUGCAGCAAUAAAAAUAAUAGAAAGAUAACGACGAAUAAAUAAACAAUGAGUAAAGAUAUCUUGGCUAUAUACAGUGCAUUCGGAAAGUAUUCAGACCCCAUCACUUUCCACAUUUUGUUACGUUAAAGCCUUAUUCUACAAUUGAUUAAAUUAAAUGUUUUUAGAAUUUUUUGCAAAUGUAUUUUAAAAAAAAGAUACCUUAUUUACAUAAGUAUUCAGACCCUUUGCUAUGAGACUCGAAAUUGAGCUCAGGUGCAGGUCCUGUUUCCAUUGAUCAUCCUUGAGAUUUUUUUACAACUUGAUUGGAGUCCACUUGUGGUAAAUUCAAAUAAUUGCACAUGAUUUGGAAAGGCACACACCUGUCUAUAUAAGGUCCAACAGUUGACAGUGCAUGUCAGAGCAAAAACCAAGCCAUGAGGUCAAAGGAAUUGUCCGUAGAGCUCCGGGACAGGAUUGUGUCGAGGCACAGAUCUGGGGAAGGGUACUGUUACGAACCCGUGGCUUUAAACAUCUAUGGUGGAUGGACAAGAGACCCGUAACAUAAUUCAUGUAAAUUAGAAUCGUGACAUGGAACAGUGAGAACAAAAACUACACGACAACCAUAAAGUACCGUCAAACAUAAAAAGGUUUAUUUUUGAACACACGGUAAAGGUUUGGGAAAAAGGGCUGAGCAGGACCCAAGAAAUGAAACAAUAGUGUAAAAAAAACCUAAACUGAUCUUGUCUGCCUCAAGAACCGCUAAGCUACUGCUAAUCAUACAAAAAUUACAGUGGGUGGUCCGCUCAGAUCUAACUAGUGUUUUUAGACAGUUUUCUUCCUACGGGUAAUGUAUGCCCAAGGGCAACUUGCUUAAAUCCCCCUUUUCCCAGAAACACACAACAAAGUUACCAAACAGAGUAACCAGCAAAUGAGUGAGUACACAAAACACAGGACACCACAGUAUCCAUACUCGCAUACGGAAAAUAGUCUCUAACAAAGUUACCAAACAGAGUAACCAGCAAAUGAGUGCGUACACAGGACACCACAGUAUCCAUACUCACAUACGGAAAUAGUCUCUCUCUACAAACACAACUGACUGGCUUUUAAACAAUGGGAUGUGUGAUUGAAAAACCAGAAACAGGUGGUGCAAUGCAGAGGAAUGUCCACUGAUUGGUCCACCUCAGCAAUCAGCAGACACCCCAACGACCACCAAUCAGGAACAUACAGGACACCUGUGAUUAGGGCAGAAGGAGAGGAAAAACACAAAAAGACACAGGAUACCUGUAUCCGUAACAGGUACCAAAAUAAUUCUGCAGCAUUGAAGGUCCCCAAGAACAUAGUGGCCUCCAUCAUUCUUAAAUGGAAGAAGUUUGGAAUCACCAAGACUCUUCCAAGAGCUGGUCGCCCAGCCAAACUGAACAAUCGGGGGAAAAGGGCCUUGGUCAGGGAGGUGACCAAGAACCCUAUGGUCACUCUGACAGAGCUCCAGAGUUCCUCUGUGGAGAUGGGAGAACCUUCCAGAAGGACAACCAUCUCUGCAGCAGUCCACCAAUCAGGUCUUUAUGGUAGAGUGGCCAGACGGAUGCCACUCCUCAUUAAAAGGCACAUGACAGCCCACUUGGAGUUUGCCAAAAGGCACCUAAAGGACUCUCAGACCAUGAGAAAUAAGAUUCUCUGGUCUGAUGAAACCAAGAUUGAACUUGAAUGAAUGCCAAGCAUCACGUCUGGAGGAAACCUGGCACCAUCCCUACAGUGGAGCAUGGUGGUGGCAGCAUCAUGCUCUGGGGAUGUUUUUCAGCUUCAGGGACUGGGAGAUUAGUCAGGAUCGAGGGAAAGAUGAACGGAGCAAAGUACAGAGAGAUCCUUGAUGAAAACCUGCUCCAGAGCACUCAGGACUUCAGACUGGGGCGAAGGUUCACCUUCCAACAGGACAACAACCCUAAGCACACAGCCAAAACAACGCAGGAGGGGCUUUGGGACAAGUCUCUGAAUGUCCUUGAGUGGCCCAGAUAAAGCCUGGACUUGAACCAGAUCGAACAUAUCUGGAGAGACCUGAAAAUAGCUGUGCAGCGACGCUCCCCAUCCAACCUGACAGAGCUUGAGAGGAUCUGCAGAGAAGAAUGGGAGAAGCUCCCCAAAUACAGGUGUGCCAAGCUUGUAGCUCCAUACCCAAGAAGACUCAAGGCUGUAAUAGCUGCCAAAGGUGCUUCAACAAAGUACUGAGUAAAGGGUCUGAAUUCUUAUGUAAAUGUGAUAUUUCAGUUAAAUGUUUAAUACAUUUGUAACAUUUUCUCAAAACUUGUUUUUGCUUUGUCAUUAUGGGGUAUUGUGUGUAGAUUGAUGAGGAGAGAAAACAAUUGUAUCAAUUUUAGAAUAAGGCUGUAACGUAACAAAAUGUGGAAAAACUCAAGGGGUAUGAAUACUUUCUGAAUGCACUGUAGGUAGGGGUAAAGUGACUAGGCAACAGGAUAGAUAAUAAGCAGUAGCAGCAGCGUAUGCAAAAUAGUUAGUGCAAAGGGGGUCAAUGCAGAUAGUCCGGGUUGCUAUUUGGUUAACUAUUUAGUAGUCUAAUGUUUUGGGGGAGUAGAAGUUGUUCAGGGUCCUGCUGGUUCCAAACUUGGUGCAUCAGUACCGCUUGGCGUGCGGUAGCAGAGUGAACAAUCUAUGACUUGGGUUGCUGGAGUCUUUGACCAUUUUUAGGGCCUUCCUCUGACACCGCCUGGUAUAGAGGUCCUGCAUGGCAGGGAGCUUGGCCCCAGUGAUGUACUGGGCCGUACACACUACCCUCUGUAGUGCCUUGCGGUCGUAUGCCAAGCAGUAAAUGCAUGUUAAGGAAGGACAUGCCAAGGAGUGCAUGUCAAUGUGUGUCAAUAUGUAUUUGCCACCAUUUGCAUGUUUGUCUGCUUGCAAUGCAAAUGCAUGUUGUUACCAUUAGGAUUUAGCUGUGUUUUUGUGGAUAUUUGAUUAAGAUAUUAAUGUCUUUAUUUUCCCUGCAGGAGAAUGAUGCUGAAGCACAGGCGAUCGCUAAAGCAGGCCAGGCAAUUGUAAGAGAGCUUGUACAACCGAACAGACUGUACUGUUACUAUUACAGUGUGCUACAGGUAAUUACCUCCUGGUAUUGUCUUUAUGCUAUGCAUGCCAAUGCUAAAUCAGCUCAGAUAUAUUAAGGUAGCAUUCUUAUCAUUGAUAAAAGAAACCCAGCUGAGGAAGUUUUCUCCUGUCAUAACAGAUGUACUCUGAGCGUCAGACGAGCCGUCCCACACUACAUCCAGACAUGGAGCUGGUGCCCCAGCCUUCAGACCAGAGUGCCAUUUGCAGAUGUCAGCAAGAGCCUCAAAGAGAUGAUCCCAGCCUGGAGAAGGAUGAACUCUGAUCAACACUGAAAGUGAAGGGGAGAGACCCUAGCUAUUUCAAUACAGAAAGUGCUUUGGAUUUCUGCUUGCUUGCUGAUGGAGAUUCUAUGCAAGGAAGAAGUGCUGCUGUGACCAGGACUGCUAGCUAAGUGGAUGUACCAACACUCAUAAAGACAAAUAUUCAACUUGGUUUGAGCCAGAGGGACCAUGUCACAGCUCACUUUACUGGACCUGGAAUAUGACUGUUUUAUUGACAAGAGCAUUAUGCAAAAAGCAUCUAUUUCCACUGUUUUCACUGUCCUGAGUGAUAUUUCGUACCGCAUUUUGUAAUUGUAUGGUUAUCAUGAUUACAUUUUUAUAAAAAUAUAUAUUUUCUUAGAUUUCCUUUGAUGUUGUUAACCUCCUGUUUGACCAAGAUCAUGUCCUUUGCCUUUGUUAUACAUUACUAUAACUUGAAGAUAUUCCUUGGAUGGGGACAAUAUAAAAAAAAGUGUUGGCAUUAUAUACUAUAGAUUGAUUGCUUUUUGGACUCUUCUAAAGCAGGUUAGCCUUUUUCGGCAUGAAUAUUGUUCUGGAAGAGGCUCUGCAGAGUGUUCACUAGCUGACACAGCCACUAA